CCACUCAUCCAUUUUCUUUACAAAAAUAAUAAAGAUAUAUUCUAAUGUUCGUUUCCAAGUGCAACAAAUGCUUUCACUCACUUGAUCCCAUAAUUUCAUCCAAAAAGCUACUAUCAAUGGCUAGAAUACGAUUUCCAGAGCGACUACCUCUGAUUCGUCCAUUCCCUGUUCGGUACAUCUCUGAAGACACUAUGCGACAGAUCCGUCAAAAGGCUCAAAUCACUGAAGAUAAGAUGCAAACUGACUAUCUUAAUAAAUUAGUGCAGAAGAAGUCUGAAGAAGACACUAGGAUAAAAUUCAAAUACAGAAAAGGAGUUGAUAUAAUCCAUAAUGAAGAAAUUGAAGGAACUAUUUAUAAAUAUGAUCUUCCCAUUGAGAAUCAGCCCAUCCAGUUUAGAAAUCAACUCAUGGUAGUAGAUGAGGAGCAUGAAUUGACUACACCUACUAUGAACCUGUAUGAAGAGCUUGAUCUAGACAAAGACUCUUCUUAUGAGCAAUAUGUGAUUAAAGUCAACCAGAAUUAUAACCAUGAAGUUGAUAUGUAUGGAGAUAUCAAGAAAGCAGGCUCGGCUAGUCUCAAAGUUCUGCAAUUUGGUAUCCCAAUCCCUCAUGAUCUGCUUGAUGAUAAAUUAGUGAUGAGUGAUAUUAGGCUUCAUACCACAUUUAACCAGGAUAUGCCCGGAGCUAUUGAAAAUGUGCAUCCUAAUAAAUUUAUUGCGAACCUUAGACCUGUGGAAGAAUUUAGGCACACUCCAGUUAUCCCAAUUAGCGAAAAAGACUUGAAAGAAUUACAAAAGAAGAAGGAUGCAAGGAACAGACAGGGAUAUUUUGUAGAGAUCAAGAAGGAUACCGUAUAUUACUACACAAUCACCCUCUUAAUCUUCUCAGCUAUUGUAUAUGCUCUCUACAUCUCUAAUGAAAUGUCUCUAAACACAGCCUAUGAUAUCGACAAAGCCAAAGUGUCACGAUUAGAAAUAGCCAGAGGAAGUGAAGGUCUUGGGAAAAUAUCAAAUGCUGAACAAUUCAAAAUGCCAAAACAGUAAAAUAAUAACAUAUUCCUUCCAAAAUUG